UGGCAGUGGGGAGGACUCGUUGGACCGGCUGCUGCCUCCUCUCGGGGCCCCUCGCAGGAGGAGCACUAACUCGCUGAGUACAACAGAGCCUCCUCUGCUGCGCACGGGCACACGCACCAUCUACACCGCCGGCCGACCUCCCUGGUACGACGAGCACGGAGCUCAGUCUAAAGAUGCCUUUGUCAUCGGCUUGUGCGGGGGCAGCGCCUCAGGAAAGACCACCGUGGCCAAUAAGAUCAUCGAGGCUCUGGAUGUGCCGUGGGUCGUGCUGCUCUCUAUGGACUCGUUCUACAAGGUUUUAUCUCCGGAGGAACAGACCCUGGCAGCGAGCAACGACUACAACUUCGAUCAUCCCGGGGCGUUUGACUUCGAGCUGCUGGAGGCCACCCUCAGAAAACUGAAGCAAGGCAAGAGUGUGAAGAUCCCGGUGUACGACUUCACCACGCACGGACGACAGAAAGACUGGAAAAAUGUUUACGGUGCCAGCGUGAUUAUAUUUGAAGGAAUUAUGUCUUUCGCGGACAAAGAGCUCCUUCAGCUCCUGGAUAUGAAAAUCUUUGUGGACACAGACUCAGACAUUCGACUGGUCCGCCGGCUCCGCAGGGACAUCACAGAGCGCAGACGGGACAUUGAAGGCGUCAUCAAGCAAUACAACAAGUUUGUGAAGCCGGCCUUUGAGCAGUACAUCGAGCCGACCAUGAGGCUGGCAGAUAUCGUCGUGCCAAGAGGUGGAGGGAAUAUGGUGGCCAUCGAUCUUAUAGUCCAGCAUGUUCACAGCCAGCUGGAGGAGCGUGAGCUCAGUGUCAGGGCUCUCCUGGCCUCCGCUCAGCAGACUCAGCCUCUGCCCCAGACGCUCAGUGUGUUGGAGAGCACGCCGCAGGUGCGGGGCCUGCACACCAUCAUCAGGAACCAGGAAACCAGUCGAGAUGAGUUCAUCUUCUACUCAAAGAGAUUAAUGCGGCUGCUGAUAGAACACGCUCUCACUUUUCUACCAUCUCAGGCGUGUGUAGUUCAGACUCCACAGGGCCAUGAGUACGAGGGCCGCAGCUACAACGGGAGAGGGAUCACCGGUGUGUCCAUCCUGCGGGCAGGAGAGACCAUGGAGCCCGCCCUGAGGGCCGUGUGCAAGGACGUCCGCAUCGGCAAGAUCCUCAUCCAGACCAACCUCGACUCAGGCGAACCAGAGCUGCAUUACCUGCGUCUGCCCAAAGACAUCAGUGAAGAUCAUGUCAUCCUAAUGGACAGCACAGUGUCCACCGGCGCUGCUGCCAUGAUGGCGGUACGAGUCCUGUUGGAUCACGAGGUACAAGAGGAUAACAUCAUGUUGGUGUCGCUGUUGAUGGCAGAGCUCGGGGUUCACUCUGUAGCCUAUGCCUUCCCGAAAGUGAAAAUCAUCACCACCGCCGUGGACAAGAGUCUGGACGAUAAUUUACAUGUAAUUCCUGGUAUCGGGGACUUUGGGGACCGGUACUUUGGGACAGACGGGUUGGACACCUGGAGCGAUGACGAGGACGGAGAGCAGCCGUCAUACUGACAUGAACAUCUGUGAGCCUCCGUGAAAGAAAAUACAAACUCUACUUGAAAACUUCUCUUAUUGUUCAACAGUCACAUUCACUUUUCUGUGUACUGUGCAGUAACUUUUAUACUGUGUACGCACGAGGGAUGUUCUGCUCUGUUUACAACUGAGGGUUCAUCGUGAAUAUUUUCAUACUCACAGGAUCACAUAGGUCAAACAGUGCCAUUACCUUUAAAGGAACAAUAAUGCAGCAACAACAAUACACUAAAUUAAUUUACUCUGGACUGAGUUGCACCAUAGACUGUAAAUAAAGAUGGAGGACGUAUCUCCACCUACUCUCACGAUCCAGAAAUAAAGGGAAUGGAUAUGAAGGCUGCCAUCUUGUGCAUGUGGAGCCAGAGUCUGUGCUGGGAUAUUUAAUAACUAAUUAAAGGUUCAGUGUGUAGAAUUUAGUGACAUCUAGUGGUGAAGUUGCUUAUUGCAGCUGAAUACCCCUCACGUGACCCUCCCCUUCCAAACAUGAAGGAGAAGCUGUGGUAACAUUCAGUUGUCUGGGCUAUGGUCAAAAACAUGGCGGCCUACGUAAAGAGGACCUGCU